CUGCUGCUGCACAUGGAGGUGUGGAUGUUCCAGCAGGAGCAGCAGAGCUCAGAAGUGUUUGUGUUGUGCUUGCAAACAACAUCACAGUGAUCCCUGCACUGCCAGUCUACAGUGUAAACCCAUUGAUAACUUGUCAACGGCACAUCUCCCUCUCUCCUGUUUUUUUCUUUUUUUUUUUUUUUGGUUGAGCCAACUUGAAGCUGCUGCAAAAAAUUCACCAUGGAGAAAAUGUCCAGGGUUUUACCUCUAAAUCCAACUUUUAUACCUCCGACUUACGGAGUCCUGAAAUCUCUUCUGGAGAAUCCGCUGAAGUUACCCAUGCACCACGAAGAUGCCUUCUGUAAAGAAAAAGAGAAGAAAUUAGAAGAUGACAACACGGCAUCCACAGUCCCACAAUCCGCCUUUUUGGGGCCAACCUUAUGGGACAAGACGCUACCCUACGAUGGAGAUACCUUCCAGCUAGAGUACAUGGACCUGGAAGAGUUCCUCUCUGAAAAUGGCAUUCCUCCCAGCCAAUCCUCACAUGAACUGAGCCAUCACCAGCCAAGCCACCCACAAGCGUCUGCCACGUCACCAUCUGUUAUUGAUCUAAGCAACAGGGCAUCGACUUCUGUCCUGCCAGGCCUGGUACCUCACAACUGCAUGCACAGCCCAGUCAGACCCGGGCAAAUUUUGCCAGCAAACCGUAACACCCCAAGCCCAAUUGAUCCAGAAUCCAUCCAAGUGGCGGUCGGAUAUGAACCAGACCCAGCAGAUCUGGCUCUCUCCAGCAUUCCAGGCCAGGAGAUGUUUGACCCACGGAAGCGCAAGUUCUCAGACGAAGAGCUGAAACCACAGCCUAUGAUUAAGAAAGCUCGCAAGAUCUUUAUCUCAGAGGAUCUGAAGCAGGAUGAAAAAUACUGGGCCAGGCGCAAGAAGAACAACUUGGCCGCUAAGCGAUCACGGGAUGCUCGGAGACUGAAAGAGAACCAGAUUGCCAUCCGAGCCUCGUUCCUUGAGAAGGAGAACUCCGCCUUAAGAAUGGAGGUGGUUGACUUGCGGAAAGAGCUUGGCAAAUGCAAGAAUAUUUUGGCAAAGUAUGAAGCUCGACAUGGUCCCCUGUAGGAAAAUAAAAGGUGUGUUUUAUUUAAGGACAAAAUGGACACCCUUUCCCUGUAGCACUAAACACAAAUCAAACUGUCUGUCAUCAGCACUUUACUGGAAGCAGAAACAGUGUUUUUGUGUUUGUUAUUCUGCACUUUUCCAUUUUACAAAGGCUUUCUGAGAAGGCACCAACUUCUUAACCGGACUAUAUAACAAUAGGAAAAAACUCUUGUAGCAAAACCUGUUCCAGUGCUUACAAUUCACUCCAGAGCCAUCUUCCCCAUGUUCCUUUUAGGUUAUUGUCAGCCAUUAUGGGAGUAUGUAAAUUUCGCUGGAAGACCAUCUAUCAUUUUCCUUACAUCACAGGACACAUAAACCAUUCUACAGUCUUAUGAUCUGAAAUAAGAACUGUUUUAUAUGUUCUUGAAUUCUUUUGGUCCAGAAUCCUCAACUCUUUGUUUGGUUGGGGGGGGGGGUAGAGAGGACCUUGACAGCUAUGGAAAUAAAUACUAUAAUCAUUUUCUGAGAAAAAAAUAAGAAAAAUUAAAUCAUAAUAUAUAUGUCUAUAAGUAUUUCUAGGUUGAUUUUUUUUGUAUGUUUCAACUGUCAGCAAUAUUCCUUGAGUCAACACUUGUGAUUGUCCCAUCUCUGGUAAAUAACCUUCAUAUCGGCAUAAUGAAGAAUGAACAGUUAUUAAUGGGAGACGUAUUUGCCCCACUGUUGCACAUUUUAUAUAAAAAGCAAUAACGCUCUACACUAAGCAUGUAGGAUUCCACAAUGCUAAGCUACAAUAUAGCAUACAUAUAAACAUAUACCGCACCUUUAUAGAACUUCAGAUACAUUUGCAUGUACUGAUUUUCACCAUCCUGAUCAUUUUUCCCCCACUUGGAUUAUAUUUAAGUAGAAAUUCCAAUAACCCUGCAGAUCUUUUUUGACCUUCCUCCCCGAUGGAUGUGGUCUGCAGCUGAUUACAGCCACGGAUCUUUUUAUAGUAAAAUGUUGCUCAGAUUGACCAGUUUUUACUCACUACCUGCAAAUUUCCAAUUUUAUAUUGUAGGUCGUCGAAUGUCAGCCUAAGGUCUUAUAUGGCAUAAAGAGUCGUCUGCAUUCAGAAAAAAAAUAACUCUUACAUUUGUACAUAUAUGAAGUAUUAACAUGACAUGAAAUGUCAACACAAAACAGAAAAACUAUAUUCUUUUUGCUAGGUUUUACGGUUGUUUCCAGUAGUUGUAUUACAGUCUAAAGGCUUUGUUAUAUACCAAGUGUAAUUUAGCAUUGUCUAUUUAUGUAGUACGACUUAUAAGUGCAGGCAACUUGUGUUUUCUGUUUAAAUAAGUUGGCCUUUUUAACCUUGGGAAUUUGGGCUUUAAGCCUAACAGGCUCCAAAUGAAGCCCGUCUAUGGACUUAAAAUGAGUGGAUCAUCUCAUGGAAAGCCAUCCAGAAUCCAAAUUUUGAUUGGUUUGAAAGUUUCCUCACCUUAUUGAUCAUUGGCCAAUCAUACUGCAUUGGCCUUGUGUGAUACAGUCAUUGAGCUUGACUUCCAUAUAUUCACUUCUGUACAGAUAAUGGAUACUCUUCCACUAUUUUUCUAGCAGGUUUUUGGAUUGUCUGGACAGCUGUAGGCAACAACGGUCUGAAAAGUGGAACAUCUUUUAAAACCUAGGGAAUUGUAUUGCUGGUUUUGAAAAGGCUUAUCAUAUACUGAGUGGAAUUUCAGGAACCAGAGACCACUUGAGGGGAAAGACAAAGUUUAUUCGACACAGGCUCUGUGGAUUCCAAACACAAAGAAUCAGAACCGAACAAAGGAAUCACAGAGUUUUAUAGACUUGUAAAAGGGAGUUACUAGUGGGAGAGCAUAGAGAGAUUGCUCCACAGCACAGAAAAACAAAAAACUGCUCUUAUAGCCAAGCAAGUGGCUCUGCCUCAAGGUCAGGGUACUAGUAAUCAAGACUAGCUUGAGACUAGAAUCCAUCCAAGUUAGAGGGGCUCACAGGGAAUCUGCAUACACAGAAUGUUAUUCCUUUUCAAUUCCACCACACGGAUGUACUAACUGAAGAAAUAUAAAAUUCACAGAUUACUAGAAAACAAAUAUAAAUACAUGAAAUAUGUAUUUAUAUGAAAAUGAGUACCAAGCUUGUGGCCACCUAGCUGACAAAAGCAUCCUAAGUCUAAUCAAUAGCUACUACUGAUCUAUAUUUCAUGGACACCCCAGUAUAGGAGAGUGUCAGGGGAGCCAGAUAAUCAACAUAGUUAGUCAAGUGGAAGAGCUUUAAAGGAAUGAGGCAGAAGCUGGUUGAGCUGCUUGGCAUUAAUGUUAAA